AUGGAUUCAGCCACGGCGGCGUCGGUGUACGGCAUGAGAUUCCCCGUCACCGCACGCUCGCGGGAUGACCCGCGGCUCCUGGGAUGGAGGAUGGUUGAUGGCAAAAGCCAGGCGCUGCAGCAGCGACACCUGGCCGAACUGGAGGCGGAGGGCAGGAAGAUGAAGGAUCAACCGAAGGAGGACACGCCGGGAUCGGGGAUGCUGGCGGCCAUUGCGCACUUUGAUGCGUUGCAAGCAGCAAAGAAACCUGUGAUCAAGGCGGAGGUGGCGGAAUUUGAAGCGUCACCUGGGGCUGAAGUUGCCGAGGGCCCUCCUGAGCCAGUCGAGGCAGAGGUGUUGCCACUUUCUGAAGUGAUUGCCGAGGGCCCUCCUGAGCCAGUCGAGGCAGAGGCAGUGGGUUUGAACAAUGCCUUGUCACGAAAGCUAGUGGUAGCAAGCUUGAUUUUUUUCAUGUUUUUUUCUUGCUUUAGCAAGGGAUGUGGAGCAGUCCAAUUGCCAAACCCGCAAUUUGUCAUGCACACUUUGAUAUGGAUUCGUUUCUUCCAGCGAUCCACCCACCUCCUUCCCACUUAG